AUGUUUAUACGUGUUACUGAUGAAUCAAAGUCCAGCAAUGAAAUAGUUGAAAUUCCAGUUGACGGUGGCAUUGAUGGUUCAGUUUCAUUGAGUACACUCGCUGCUCAAUUUCAAGGUGUGAGUGCAUUGAAAUAUCGGAAUUCUGAGACGAGUGUGUGGAGAGGUGUCCGAGUAGCAGAUGGAAAACUUUAUCAUCCAGAUGGUGUGUGGGAUCGAGAUACGGUGUAUUUUACUGUUUAUUCAAAACCUGUUUCAUCAGAUAUUAAACGAAAAGGUGUUGGUGAACAACAAGAAGAAUCAACAAUAUCAUCAUUAGGACAAACUAAAACUCAAAGACUUGAUUAUGGACAAGAAAUUACUAAUGAAAGUGAAAAUGAACCAGAUCAUCGUUGUGUUGAUUUAAUUGUGCUUGGAAUAAGUUAUCGAAGUCUUGAAGCUGAUGUUAAAAAAUGUUUUGAAGCAUUUGGUGAACUUGUAUUUUGUGAGAUAAAACGCGAUGCAAAUGGGCAAUCACGUGGAUUUGGUUUUAUUCGAUUUAAAAAUUAUGAAUCACAAUUGGCCGUUAUUAAUAAACGACAUUUUAUUGAUGGACGACAUGUUGAUGUUAAAAUUCCUGAUUCAAAAACAAGUGCACAUGAACCUGAAUAUGCUCGAAAAAUUUUUGUUGCUCGUUUACCUGAUAAUAUAACACCAGAUGAUUUACGACAAUAUUUUUCAAAAUAUGGACCAAUUAAAGAUGUUUAUAUACCAAAACCAGCACGCUCAUUUGCAUUUGUUACAUUUCAUGAUUCAAAUAUUGUACGAACAUUAUUUGGUACACAUAUUAUUCAUGGUUGUAGUGUAACAGUCGGACCAGCUGAGCCAAAAAAUAAAUUAUCAGCAAUUGGUGAUUAUCCUUCAUCGACAUUUAAACGAGCUAAACCAGAUCAUAGUAGUUUACGUACAUUAACAACUUAUGGUGCAUCACCAGCUCAUUCACAUUAUCAUCAACAAUAUGGUCAAACAGCCAAUACAGAUAUAAUGCAAAGAUUUUUUCAACAAUAUGGUACAACAACGACAAGUUCACCUAAAGGACAAUUUUCUAGUGCCCAACAAUCCUAUUGGAGUAGUGCACAUGAAGAAGCAGCUGCUGUUUGGCAACAACAUUAUCGAUAG